GUAUUGACACCGAGGAACAGUUUAGGUUUUGGGAAAUGCGCGCGUCAACGUGCAUGUGGAAUUGAACAUAUUAAGGCGUUUCACGACGAAAGAUUUGGACACACGUUGAGUGCUUUUGGUGUUAUUUUGGCAAUUGUGCGCAGCAGUUGCCCAUUAAUGUUAGCGUGACGUCUUGGAAAGCCCGGCUGAUCAGCGUCAACCACAGAACCGAAAAGGAUUUACGUGAAGCAGGGGAUGUAACUGCACUUGAACUGUUUGUACUGAAGCUCGUUUCGGGGGUUUCUCAUCUGUUGCUCGUGGUCGCGGAAUUGACGUGAUUUCGAGGCGUCGCCUCGACGUCACAAAGGGUCCACCAACAUCAUCCAAAAGAACCCGAAGUCGAAAUGCUUCUUCCUGCUCCGUGUUAACCAGACAUGUAAACCACCUCGACGCGGAAGAUCGCUGACUCGUCACCGUACACUUGUCAGAUUGUGGUGGUGGCGGGGAGGGGGCACAUUCGGGGAGAGAGGACGGCGGCGACACGAGCGAGGCUUCGCUGAAAUGAGAUGAGGCUCAGAAAUGGAACUGUGGCCACUGCGAUAAUUUUCUUCACGUCUUUCCUCAGCUUGUCCUGGUACACCGCCUGGCAGAAUGGCAAAGAGGAACUGGUAGCGUACCAGCGGGAGUUCCAUGCCUUGAAAGAGCGCCUACGUGUGGCCGAGCACCGGACGCUGCAACGCUCGUCGGAGCUCAACAACAUCCUCGAGCAGUUUCGGCGCGCCAUUGCCGAAACCAACAACAGCAAAGAUGCACUCACCACUUUUUCAGCUGAUACCCAGAGACUUUUGAAGGAGCUGGCCAACAGGAAACCUCUCCACGUGCCAAACAUCUACCACCAUCUGCCUCACCUACUCAACAAUGAGGACAGCUUGCACCCCGCCGUACAAGUCGGCCUCGGACGUACCGGAGUUACCAUGGUGAUGGGAAUCCCCACGGUGAAGCGGAAGGUAAAGUCGUAUCUGGCGGAGACGCUGCAUUCGCUGAUUGACAAACUGUCUCCGGAGGAGAAACUCAACUGUGUCAUUAUCGUCUUCGUCGGGGAGACCGACCUGGAGUACGUUCAGAGUGUAGUUUCUGGCCUGCAGAAGGAGUUCUCGGCGGAGCUGAAUUCAGGUUUGCUGGAGGUCAUUUCGCCUCCCCCCAACUUUUACCCAGACCUCACCAACCUUAAGGAGACAUUUGGAGACUCCAAAGACAGAGUGAGAUGGCGGACAAAGCAGAACCUAGACUACUCCUUUCUCAUGAUGUAUGCAAUCAGCAAAGGAGUUUAUUAUGUUCAGUUGGAGGACGACAUCGUGGCCAAGUCCAACUACUUCGCCACCAUGAAGAACUUUGCCCUCCAGCUCUCGUCCGAGGACUGGAUGGUCCUGGAGUUUUCUCAGCUGGGCUUCAUCGGGAAGAUGUUCAAGGCACCAGACCUGAAUCUGAUCGUCGAGUUCAUCUUCAUGUUCUAUAAGGAGAAGCCAAUUGACUGGCUGCUAGACCACAUUCUCUGGGUCAAAGUGUGCAAUCCUGAGAAAGAUGCGAAACAUUGCGAGCGUCAGAAGUCCAGCCUCCGCGUGCGCUUCCGGCCAUCCUUGUUUCAACACGUGGGGCUCCAUUCUUCUCUCGCUGGAAAGAUCCAAAAGCUGACAGACAAAGACUUCCUAAAGCCGCUUCUCCACAAGAUACAUGUCAACCCUCCUGCUGAGGUUUCCACCUCAAUGAAGGUUUAUCAGGGCCACACCCUGGAGAAGACAUACCUCGGGGAGGAUUUCUUCUGGGCCAUCACGCCUUCGGCGGGAGACUACAUCCUCUUUAAAUUCGACAGACCCAUCAGCAUCGAGCGGUUCCUGUUUCGCAGCGGUAACCAGGAACACCUGGGCGACAAGAUGCAAAACACCUCGGUGGAAAUACUGCCCGUGUCCGAACCUGGACUGCAGACCAAAGAGAAGUACAAACGAACCGAAGACCGCUUCUACAGGAUCGGUCAGUUUGAAAAGGGUGUGGCUGAAGGAGCUGUCGAUCCUUCAUUCAAUCCCAUCCUGGCUUUGCGACUGUCCGUUCUCAAAAACUCUGCUGUUUGGACCAUCAUCAGUGAAAUACAUAUAAAGAGGAUUGCAGGCUGACUUUGGGGCAGGGCAGCCUUGAAUCGUCAGCCCCUGGGAGAUGAAAACCUUGCAGACUGCUCUUGCUGGGGCGUCAGGGAGCAGUGAAGUCAUGAGCCCACUUGGAGCUCAUUAAUUUUUUUUCUUUUUCACCCUUUUCUUUCUGUGUCCCGUCACUCUCUUACUUACCUCGUUAGUGAGAAUGUGAAUACUGCUGUCAGUAGGCAAAACAGCCGUGCCGUAUGACGGGAUCAUCCGACAAUUUUGGAACACAAUCGGGGAAACCUCUCAGAUGAAGGAGGACAAAAAUCAUGACGUCAGUCACCUGGCCACUGUCCAUGCUGCCAAACCACUCCCUUUCAACUCAAUGCUGCCACUCUUUGGGCACGCUGGGGCAUUGCACUCUUGACUAGCGCCACCAGCUGUUGCCCUUGAUGGUGCCAGGAAUGUAUACCCGAACCCACAAAUGAGGAAAUACCGUUUUAAGACCAACACCAGCCCCAACUCAAAAAAUACUCCCAUUACCUUUAGAAAAGAAAAAUCCUGCCUGUCAUCAGUAACAGUUGGCUAAAAUUUUUGAACAAAAGAAGAAAAAAAAAGUGAUGAAAGACACAGAGUCUCUCAUUGUCUGACGAGGAUAGAAAAAUGAAUCAGACAUUGCCUUGACGCUGUUUUUCCAGAAGGAAAAUGCUGAUAAAUGAGUAGAGUUACAAGGAUCUAUGAAGGUGACUUAAUUUAUUUGAAAAUAAGCCUUUUAAUUUGUACAAGAAGUAAAAUAUAUUUUUGAAUCUAUUGCGAGAUGUGUAUGCUAGUGCGCCUUUUUGUUUUUACGUAUUUGUUUGUAUACUGUGCAUUUUCAUGAUUCUGAUGGCUACACGGAAGCCGUCGCCCCAUUUCAUUACACUUGAAGCCGGUUGACAUUAUUAUUUAAACGCAGAGAGAUGACAACAGACUCCGUUUUGCGCACCAAAAGUGGAGAAUUGUGCCUUAUAUCAGGUUCCCUAAAAGUGUAUCAGCUAUUUCAAUCACAUUUGCCAACACCUCACUGGCUGCAUAUAAUAAUAUUCGCAUAACUAUUAUUAUUGUUGUUGUGAAAAUAGCAGACAGUUCACUCAGUGUUUGAUGUGACUACAAAUAAGUGGUAUCACAUUACAUCCUAAACUGCUUUGCUUUGCACUGUGUAUUCGUUGCAUCACCAUUGGGACCAGUCUUUUCAUUCUUCAACGACCAUUAGGGCAGCGGGUGCGUAUCAAACGAUGGGAAAUCAACAAUGAAAAGCAGUGUCGUCACAUUGCGGGACUAAAGUUGUAACAUUGGGAAGAAAAAGUUUGAAUAUUUCAGAGGAAGAAGUUAUAUUGUGGUUUUCUUAAAGGACAAAACAUCACUGUAGUUUAAAGGCAAAACAGUACAAGAGGAAAGUAUUUCUUUCCGAGAAUUUUUUUAUUUCUCACAAAUACCGGUAAAUGUCCAAAUUCUGUUAAUGCAUCAGCCCUGGGUUCUGCCAUAUAGUUGCAGUGGAUAAUCUUUUUGAAUGUGUGUUCAAAACACUUUAAUUCUUGUAAAUUGAGGAGUUAAUGGGUUGAUUUUCAUUUUAUUUUAAAAAGUCCAAGUUUGGCACCUCAUGCUCAACCUUUUUCACAUUUCAAAAUUGACUGAAAAGACUUAAGUUGUCCACUCACAUCUCUUUCGUGUUUUGUUUUGUUUUGUUUUGUCGGAAUGUCACGACUACUGAUCGUUUAAGAGUGCACCUUUUUGUCCGAGGGCUUUAAUGGAGCAUCCUCGAGUUCAUUGUAAAUACGAAUAUAAAAAGCAAUGAAGCAUCUGUUUCUGUCACUCUUGCAUUUCACUUUAACUACUUAAUUGAGAUUCACAUCACUUUUUUUUUGUUGUAACUUGUCAUUUUAAAUGGCAGUGGUCUUUCUUCAAGGGGGGAUAGAAGUGCCUUUUGGUGAAAAUGGACAACUGUAACUGUGUUGUUUACACGCACAUGUGUUCAUACUUGACAAGUAUUUUUAUUUUUUGGGCUAUAGCAGGCUUCUCGAUUACACUCGCAUAUGAUGUUUGAACAAAACCUCUCGUAACACUUACUGGAUUGUCUUUAUGCCCAGAGAUUGAACGAAACUGUUUGGACGUAAAAGCAAGAAAACCCCGUGCGAAUGUGUUCCUGGAGAGUAAAGACGGAAAACUAUUUCAGGCUCGGAACCCCCCCCCCCCCCCCCCCCAAAACACCAAUCGGUUUGUGUGCCUUCAUCGUGUUAUCUGUGUUGCCUGCCUCUGCUGAAUUAUUUUUUUUUUUACCUUUUUUCAUGGACAUGUUUGAAAUAAAUAAGGAAACAAGUUCCUUUGAAUGUCA